AUGUUCGCCGUUCGGAGGUGGUUUACGCGCCAGCGCCUCAGCACGGAUGUUGAGUCUCAGCGAAGCCUUCUCGAUGGAAGCUCGGCCUCGUCUAAUGACGGUGCUUCUACCAUCUCAACUACUGCGCGAAAAGACCGGAACGCUGAGUUUCCUCGCGGCAAACGGGUGACUAAACGGUGCCGCCUAUACUUCCGCAUCAUCGCGGCAUUCCAGGCUUUCAUCCUAAUUGUGAGCGCAGUCGUGGUAGAAGGGACGAUCAAUAUCAACAACCUCGAUAUGAACCGAGGUGAUUUCCGAACGUCGAGUCAGUUAAUGGCCUUUGUCGUCGGUAUCAUCUCAGCAGUCCCCGUAUUUUGGGAAUGCCUCAUCAUGGCUCCGAUGAGAUGGGUCAUGUCCAAAAGGAAGAAGUCGAACCCCCUUCCUGCGACUUGGUAUGGCCGCCCUACCCGCCUCGAGUCGGUCGAUACUCUAAGGGACCUUCCUCCUAUCCCACCAGUGCCUCCAGUUCCCCAGGAGCUGCGAAUGACUUCGGCAAACGUGGUAUGA